AUGUUAACUUAUUCACCAGUCUCUUUCGCAUCUCCAGAACCGCCAAUUCAAAACAUGUCGACAGAAGGAGCUUCCGCCAUAUUCGAGGAAUAUCAAAAGGAAUAUGAUACUGUCCAUGAAUCCAUAUCCCAGAAACUCGCUUCAGUGCCCUCCGUCGCUGCUGAACAGAAGAAACUGCUAGUCAGCCAGACGAAACGAGAAUUGGAAGAAGCUGAUGAGAUUAUCUCACAAAUGGAAAUGGAACUCUUAUCACUACCGGGCCCAAUACGAUCUCGUCUACAACCACGAGUCAAAUCAUACAAGGAUGAAAUCAAGAAAUUCGAAAAGGAAUUGAAUCGCACAACUGCAGUAUCAGGCAAAUCAGAACGUGAUCAAUUACUAGGAACUGGCGGUUCACAUAUCGUGGAUGUUGAAGCUGCUGGAAUGGAUCAACGAUCACGAUUGUUGCAAGGAACUGAAAGGUUACAAGGCGCUAGUCGUAAAUUGGAUGAUGCGAGACGUUUGGCUCUUGAAACUGAAACAAGUGGUAUCUCAACUUUAGAAUCACUGAGUCGACAACGAGAGCAGAUUCAACGAACACGCAACACUUUGACGACUGCCGAUGGAUUCAUCUCGAAGAGUCAGGGUAUCCUCCGAGGGAUGCAGAGAAGGAUGGCCACCAACAAACUCAUCACCGCAGGCAUCAUCAUAUUGAUGAUAUUACUCAUCGUGCUUAUUGUUUGGGCCAAAUGGUUUUCAUAG